AUGCCCAUCACCUCCGAAAUCGAUGACUUUGAGGCGUUCUGGACGCAGCCCUACAAUUUUGAGCGCCAGGGGACUGGAAUGGUACGUCAAUCCACCUAUCGGGGCCUCAAGAGCACGGUAUCCAAGUUCCUUGGCUUCGCCCACGGCUGGAUGAAGGUCAGCUUGACCUCCCUGUCGUUGAGGCUGUUCUCCAACCAGCACCUAAUAAUCAGCUAUAUGGACUUCAUGGUCCAUCGUGUCUGCCGUACAAAGGCAGACGUGGAGUUCCAGAACUCCAUAAAAACAGUUGAGUACCUGAGGCAGGUCGACACAAGGUCCCUGCCGAAUCCGGAGGAGAAGGUGAGUAAAUUCAUGGGUGCAGUAUAA